AAGUGAGUGAGGGAGAGAUCCGAUGCGCUGCUCUCCACCGUACUCGCCGUGCACUUCUCUGUUCAAAUCUCUGCUUGUUUUAUUGUCGGCUAGUGGCUGCUGCUUCGCCGCCGACCCUUACAUCUUCUUCGAAUGGACCGUCUCUUACCUCACCGCUUCUCCUCUCGGCACUCGCCAACAGGUCAUUGGGAUAAAUGGGCAAUUCCCUGGCCCUGUUCUCAACGUGACUACGAAUUGGAAUGUUGUUAUUAACGUGAAGAAUAAUCUUGAUGAGCCGUUGCUUCUCACAUGGAAUGGAAUCCAACAUAGGAAAAACUCGUGGCAAGAUGGUGUUUUGGGGACUAACUGUCCCAUUCCUUCUGGUUGGAACUGGACUUAUGAGUUUCAGGUCAAAGACCAGAUUGGAAGUUUCUUUUAUUUUCCUUCUACAAACUUCCAGAGAGCAGCUGGUGGGUAUGGAGGGAUCAUUAUCAACAAUCGAGACAUCAUUCCACUUCCUUUUCCUUUGCCAGAUGGAGAUGUUACCCUCUUUAUCAGUGAUUGGUUCACUAAGAGCCAUAAGGUUUACACAAAACCAAUGUGUUUCUUUGCUUGUUUGCUUGUUGUCUCCCUUUUGCUUUUAACAUCUUUUUUCUUAUCAACAUCACCUUUGGGGAAUCAGAAGCUGAGGAAGGAUGUUGAGAGUAAGAUUGACUUUGGAGCUCCGGAUGGCACUGUCAUCAAUGGAUUUGGACCUUUUCCUUACACUCAGAAGCUCGCUUCAGAUAAUAUUCCUUAUGGGACUAUAAACGUUGAACCAGGAAGAACAUACCGUUUCCGUGUUCAUAACAGUGGCAUUGCAACCAGCUUGAAUUUCAGAAUACAGAAUCAUAACCUACUUCUUGUUGAGACAGAAGGUUCAUACACAGUUCAGCAGAAUUAUACGAAUAUGGAUAUUCAUGUGGGUCAAUCUUUCUCAUUUCUGGUCACUAUGGAUCAAUCUGGUAGUAACGACUACUACAUUGUUGCCAGUCCAAGGUUUUCUAAAUCAUCUUCGUCCGUCAAAGCUACUGGAGUCGCUAUCUUGCACUACUCUAAUUCCCAAGGACCUGCUUUAGGUCCACUCCCUGAUCCUCCUAUUGAGUUGGACACAUAUUUCUCAAUGAACCAAGCACGUUCCAUAAGGUUGAAUGUCUCAGCUGGAGCUGCGCGUCCGAACCCUCAGGGAUCUUUUAAAUAUGGCGAGAUUACAGUAACUGAUGUCUAUGUGAUUGUUAACCAGCCACCAGAGCUGAUAGAUGGGCGAUUGCGUACUACUCUUAAUGGUAUAUCAUACUUACAUCCUUCAACGCCACUGAAGCUUGCUCAGCAAUACAACAUCACAGGGGUAUACAAGUUGGAUUUCCCGAAAAGACCCAUGAACAGGCAUCCUAAGGUUGACACCUCUGUCAUGAACGGCACGUACAAGGGCUUCAUGGAAAUCAUAUUUCAGAAUAGUGACACCAUGGUUAAGAGCUAUCACUUGGAUGGUUAUGCAUUUUUUGUUGUCGGGAUGGACUUUGGUCUGUGGACCGAAAAUAGCAGAAGCACAUACAACAAGGGGGAUGGGAUUGCUCGAUCUACGACGCAGGUGUUUCCUGGUGGAUGGACAGCCGUUUUAGUUUACUUGGACAAUGCUGGCAUCUGGAACCUUCGAAUAGACAAUCUCGCCUCAUGGUAUCUGGGCCAAGAAGUAUACUUAAAUGUUGUCAAUCCCGAGAUUGACACAUCUGAGAAUUCCAUUCCUGAAAACACCAUAUACUGUGGUCGGCUCUCACCGUUACAAAAGGAUCAGGCACAGAGAGUCAAUUUCUCAGGAUCACCACGAUCCAUCCUCGCAACAAGCAGAAGGGUUCUUCUCCUUGCUCUUUUUGCAGUCUUAAUUGGUGGUUUAGCCAGAUGAGGAGACUGAGCAUUCCAAGCCAGACUUGUAGGAAGCUGCCACUCCCACCAUUUCAAAAGUUGAUAAUUGUGUUGGUGUAGUAGCUGUAGAAGCUUGAAGAUUCAAGUGUUGUUGAAAAUCACAGAUGCUGUUUUGCUGUUGUAGAGAUUAUUCAUCCAUCCAUCAAAAUAUAUGUUAUGCUGUAAGGCUUGCAUUGUAAUAGAAUAUUAAUCUCAAGUUGUAGCUGAUCG